CGACUGUGAAGUCUACAAGUCAUAAAAAUGCUCGACUCGCUGACGUUUCUGUUUGAGAAGUUCUUUCUUCUCUCCAGCUUGAAUGUGUUUAAGAGUCUGUGGCGGGAGGAUCCGGUGAGAUGCCCGGUGCUCCGGAGAGGAGACCUGCUGGAGGUGCAGCGCGCGCUCUUCGUUCAUUACGGCAUCUGUCUGGGAGAGAACAGGGUGGCACACCUGAUGCCUGACAUCAUCCCCGUCCUAACCAGAGACAGACAGCUCAUUAAACCAGUCGUCACUAACAAAAGACUCAUUUUAGGCUGCAUUUACAGAACCGCGAGCAUUCGCGUCGACUCGGUCGAAGACUUCGCGUACGGUGCUCAGAUUCUGGUGAACGAUAUGGAUAAGAAAGUGAAGUGGAAAGCGCUGGCGAGCGAAGAAGUGGCGAGGAGAGCAGAGAAGCUGGUCGGUGACUUUCCCUACAGUUUAUUAUGGAAUAACUGCGAGCAUUUCGUGACGUACUGCAGGUACGGGACAGCAGCGAGCCAGCAGACCGAGAAGUUCUGUGACUGUCUGAAAUCCAUCAUUCGGGACCAGAGGAGUGUGGCCUUAACUGUUGGGAUAGGAGUGAUGUACAUCCUGUGCUUCGGCCUGGCGCCUUCAACUACGUUACCCACAAUCCUUAUUCCCUUUAUUCUGUGGAUGGCUGGCUGAGAGACACUUUCACUGCAUCACAUAAAAAAACAAAGCCCAGCUUUAAAGAGGACACAUACACAACAAUGCAAUGCAUCAGUGGAAUAUCGCUGUGUAAACAUGCCAAGACAAUGUAUUUUUCCUUCUAUAUAUGUCAUGCUUUAAAUAACUCAUGACAACAUGCCAUUAACUUUGAGCCUUUACAGCCAUGCUGUAUACUAUUCAUUUUAAACCAUAUACCAUUGGUCAAUAUUGCUGUGCCUUAAAGUUACAGAUUGCAUGCACUGUUCACUUAAGGUGCCUUAUUUUUGUAUUAAGCAGAAGUUUUGUACAGAUACAUUUCAUUACUAGUUUUAAUAGCUACUGAAUUAUGAUUCAGGACAUAGCCUACCAUAUAUAUGAACUUGUAGUUUUUUACUUUUAUUAUUAAUAAGCUCUGACGAUGCUUGAUUGUGAAUUUGUACAGUUUCAAAUAUAUAUUUAAUAGCAUAAAGAAGAGCCAGAAUAGGAAUAUGUAGACAGAGCUAUAUUUGAUGAAUGUUAUGUGUAAAUAGUAGCUAUAAUUAUUUCUGGUUAUUGCUGUAAACAGUUGAUUGGACCUUUUUCAUCAGAAUAAAGCUUGUCUGACCUGUAGCUGAA